AUGGUCACUCUCCAUGAUGACAUCCCGAAUCGACAGGUUCGGAUCGGCACCUCCCUCCCACCAGAGCUUCGCUCUGAUCUCUUUGCCUUCCUCCGCCUCAACUCUGUGGUCUUCGUCUGGUCUUACAAUGACAUGCCUGGCAUAUCACCAGACAUCAUCUCCCAUCGGCUAAGCAUUAAUCCUACCGUCCGACCUGUUCGGCAGAAGUGUUGUGCUUAUGACCCAGAGCAGUAUGAGGCCAUGAGGGCAAAGGUGGAUAAGCUGAGUACCAUUGGAUUUAUCAAGGAAGUGGACUAUCCCACUUGGCUGGCUAAUGUGGCGAUGGUCCAUAAACCAAAAAAGGGAUGGCACAUGUGUGUAGACUACACCAAUCUUAAUCGGGCCUGCCCGAAGGAUAGCAUCAACUUACCCCGCAUUGACCAACUGGUGGACACCACAGCUAGCCAUGCCCUCCUCAGCUUCAUGAAUGCCUACUCUGGGUACAACCAGAUCUUCAUGCACCCUGAAAACCAAGCCCACACCUCCUUCAUCACGGAUCAUGGUCUAUAUUGCUAUAAGGUGAUGCCCUUCGGGCUCAAGAAUGCUGGGGCUACUUAUCAGUGCUUGGCACUUAAGGGUAGCAAACGAAGCAUUACCUGGACUGCCGAGUGUGACAAGGCCUGCAGCGAGCUCAAGGAGUAUAUGAGCCGGGCCCCUUUAUUGUCAACCCCUAAGCCUGGAGACAUCUUCAUGAUUUAUCUCUCCAUCUCGGCUACAGCGGUUAUCUCUGUGCUCAUCUGGCCAGAAGAAAGUGCUGAGCACCCAAUGCAUUAUGUUAGCAAAGCGUUACAAGAUGCCGAGGUUCGAUACCCAGACAUUGAGAAGCUGGCCUUUGCACUCGUAGUCUCAACUACACGCCUCAGACCAUACUUCCAAGCUCACACCAUCCAUGUCUUAACCAACCAACCACUCAGGCAAGUGUUGUAG